UCAGCGCAGCGUCAUACGGUCCAGUAUCCAUCCUUCUCAUUGGCCAACUGAGUUGAAGUCGCAAAUAUCGUCGAAGCUCAUUGGUUUACUUUCCGGAAGUUUUUACAGGGUUUCUUGGAUAUAGUUUUGUUUUCUGGCGUUUGGGUGUGAAAAGACACAAUAAAACUACAAUUCCCGACACGUCAGUGAUGCUAACAUAAACUCUCAAGCAAGCGCCGAAGGUCAAGCGUGUUUUUGAAAACGGUAGUAGAAGAGAAAUGUAUUAAAAAGUAUAUAGAUAUCUUAUAUAUUUACCGUGUAGCGCUUUUCUUUAAAAAAAAUUAUGUUGGCGGUAACGUGAUGUAUAAAAUCAAUGCUACGUUUAAUUAGCUAAAGCGGUAAGCUAACAGCAGAUCAGACUAGCCUUUGUGAAAUUAUCAAAAAGACCAAACGCAAUGAACAUUACUGCUGCUGUGAUUAUGAGGCUGGUUAGACUUCAGAGCUGCUCGGGCAGUGGCCUUUCCCUGUGUAAAAUCUGUCCAAGAAGUCAUCGGUUUUCAACGAAAUACUCCACAGCCACAGCAGAGAGGAAGAGAUUCUAUCAAGAUGUCAGCAUAUCCCAAACUGAAGGUGGCAUGUAUGAGAUAAACUUGGACAGAAGGAAACUGAAAACCCCAGGAGGAAAGCUGUUCACGGUGCCAAAUGAAGCCCUGGCCAUUGCUGUUGCCACAGAGUGGGAUGCUCAAAAGGACAAGCUCAAAUCGUACACUAUGCAUCUGACGAUGCUGUGUAACACGGCUCUAGACAAUCCCACCAAACGCAGUAAGGACCAAAUUAUAACUGCUGCCCUGAAGUUCCUGGAGACGGACACUGUCUGUUAUAGAGUGGAUGAGCCUCAAAGUUUGGUCGAGUUACAGAACAGUGAGUGGGACCCUGUACUUAAAUGGAUUGAAAGCAGAUAUAAUGUAACUAUUGGCUCCUCAUCCAGUAUUGUGGGUCCCGAGAUCCCAGCAGAAACCAAAGACACAUUCAGACAACAUCUCAAUUCUUACAACUCCUGGGCCUUGACAGGGCUUGAAUAUGUGAUCACGCAGCUGAAGUCUGUUGUGCUGUCAUUGGGAUUGAUUGACAGACAUCUGAGUGUGGAACAGGCAGUGCUGCUCUCCAGGCUGGAGGAGGAAUAUCAGAUUCAGUGCUGGGGAAGUGUGGAGUGGGCCCAUGAUUAUGACGUGUAUGAGCUGAGAGCACGGACCGCUGCUGGGGCUCUUUUUGUUCACCUGUUGUCUGAGAGUUCCACUACCAAACGCAAACUUUUGCAGGACUGAGAGAGACAAGAACUGUGGGAACGAUGCAGACUUGAUGCCACAGACAGUUGGUUCUCAAAUUUGGAACAUCUCCUCAUUGACAAAGAAGACGACAAAUGUAAUGCAUCCAGUCUGUUCCAUGAAGCAGCAGCAACACCUGCUGUGUCUGAGCUGUUACAGAGUCAGCUGAACACAUUGGCUGCCCUUUUUUUUGUUUUGCAGUGUUUGUACGACAGCUGCCAAGUGUGACGCGCCUCGCUGACUCUCAAGUCUGUUCUCAGUCAUCCGUGACAUUUUGGACACUAUGAAUAGAUUCGAGAAACUGGUGACUAAUGUUUGGUGUUAGGGCGUGGAAUUAUAAUACCAUGCUAGGUUUCUGCGUCAUCUAGAUAAUGCAAAAAAUCAACCACAAACAAACCCAUACACACAUACGCUGUGCUAAGAGUUCACACUAUCUGUACAUGUGUUUGCAGUUUAAGGCACAUUGCAUGUAAAAGUACUUGCAGAGGUGAAACAUGGUGGAUUCAUGUUUUAUGUAAUUGGCUUGAUAUUCAUCAGAUGUGUCUGCUGAUAUUUUUAAGGGCGUGCAGAAAAUCCAUUUGUAUCGUCUCUGCUGUUGAAUGCAAUUUCUAGAAAUGACGCUUAAAAUAAUUAAAUGCCUGACAUCGUCUGUACUGA